GCUCCGAAUUUAGUUACUAAGCAGCUCUGCUUCGGAAGAUGUCUGUGUUUUCCUCAGCUCUGUUCGCGAUUUUGCUCUUCCACCAGGGAUUGGCCUAUCUGCUGGAGCCAAACUGUAAGGGCCAUGUGGAGCUUGUCUAUAAAGUUCAAGGAGGUAACAACGCCCUCGGUUACCACACACCCUUUAUGGUAUCCUUAUACGAUAAGACCAGAAAAUUUAUCGCCGGCGGCAGCCUUAUUCACAAACGCUUCGUUCUAACAGCGGGGCACGUUCUGUCGGAAGAUCCAAAAUUCGUGCGCUUGGGAGAAAAGGACAGAACGUGUGAAAACUGGAAUUGCUCAAUCGUACAAGAGUAUUUGGUGGAGAAGGCUUUAAGGCACCCUCGAAAUAAACUUAUUUUCGAAAAUGAUAUAGGUCUUCUAAGACUAAACGCUCAUGUCGAGUACAACAAAGACAUCCAGCCAAUUUGCAUCAUCGUGGAUGACGCGGUGAAUUUCAAAAAUGUAGAGAAAUUAAGGGCUUUCGGCUGGGGUCGAACCUCAAGCACAGAGAAAUUGAGCGAUAUGCUUAAGACCAUCCUACUGAAGCGAGAAGAUCCGAGCGUUUGCGAACUUUCAGUAGGAGCAUCCCCUACUGAACAGCAGUUCUGCGCCUCUGACGCAGAUGGACAUGGAGACACUUGUCCUGGCGACUCUGGAGGUCCUCUGGUGGCGGAUUUUACAUACGAAGGGAGGAAGAGCUACACUCAGAUAGGAAUUGUUAGUUACGGCUCGCAGAGUUGUAACGCCUCUAGCAUUUAUACAGAUGUUGCGAGCCACCAAGCCUGGAUAGCUGAAAUGGUGCACACCCACGAGGAGCAUCUUUUGUUCGAGAAUUGCAGCAGCCAUUGGACUGGUAAUAUUGCAGUGCGUCUGUGGGAGACGACUAUUCUGAAGCGGACUGUUGCCGGAACCCUUAUUACCGACGAAUUUGUCGUGACUGUUGCCAGCGCGCUCCAGACAAAUUUCACUGACAUAAAAGUUAAGGGGAGAUAUUUUGAGAUUGAAGUUGCCCAGAUCAUCAAGCACCCGGAAUUUUCGCAUUCACGAGGAUCAAUAAAGAACAACAUAGCUUUGCUUAAACUAAAAAACAAGGUGGAAAUGUCAGAUCUUGUGAAGCCCGUCUGCUUGGCAGUGAACUCCUUCCCUUCACAAACAUUUACUGCCCUUCUCGAAGCUUACAAUAGAACUAUAUCAAUAGGCCUUAAACGCAUACCCUUUACCCCCACCAAGGAUUGUUCCAGAACUAUUGGAAUGCCAGUUGAGUCUAAUCAAUUUUGUGUCGAACAACCUCGUGAUUAUAAAUACGAGCGACCUGGUUCGGUAAUGGGUACUUAUAAAGAGGUCAAGGACGUCAUGAGGUACCUUCUCACUGGCAUUAUAAGCCAUGUUAUAAAUGGUAUGCUCGUAUUUACAAAUGUGGAAACUUACGAAGAUUGGAUAAGGAAAAACAUAAUGUGAAUAUUAUGAAAUUUUAAUAAUAAAAUGGUGCUCGGCGCACACUGCAAAUAUU